AAACACGCCCCACCACUCCCUUUUCUUCCCCAAUUUCAAUAAAUCGCUGCAAACCCCACAAACGCAAUCCAACUUAAAAACCCACAGGAACUGAAUAAUGCAAUGCCCCGAGCUUGAGCUUGAGCUUGAGCUUGAGCUUGAGCUUCUUCUUCUUCUCAGCAUCUCUUAUAAAUAAAAAACAACAUCUUGCUCAUGCUGUGUUCUAAGGCUCUCUCUCAAACAAUAGCUCUGUUCUUCAUUUUUAAUCUCUUUCAAGCAAAGCUCUCUUCUUCUGCAUCUCCACUCUCUGUCUGUAAAUUGUUUGAACCAACGCUGAGAGGCUGAGUUGGGAUCCUAUGGGUUGAUGGGUGUGGCAGGGGAGGCCGUGAUGGUGCGAUGGCAGGCGGAAGGCGGCGAAGUGUACAAUGAAAGAGCGGCAGCGCUGGCAGCCUGAGGAAGACGCCCUCCUGCGCGCCUAUGUUAAACAGUAUGGGCCCAAGGAGUGGAACCUCGUCUCGCAGCGGAUGGGCCGCCCUCUCCACCGCGACGCCAAGUCCUGCCUAGAGCGGUGGAAGAACUACCUGAAGCCUGGUAUAAAGAAAGGCUCUCUCUCUCAAGAGGAGCAGGCGCUCGUCGUUGCCCUCCAGGCGAAGUACGGGAACAAGUGGAAGAAGAUAGCGGCCGAGGUCCCUGGCCGCACUGCGAAGCGCCUUGGCAAGUGGUGGGAGGUGUUCAAAGAGAAGCAGGCGAAAGACAAACAGCGGAGGCUCCAGCAAAACCACCACCACCACCACCACCACCAGCAACACUCGUCUUCGAUCUCCUCGCAGCAGCCUCCUGUUGGCUUAUCCUCUGAUUCAUCGUCGGUUCCUGUCUCCGGGCGCUACGACCACAUCCUGGAGACGUUCGCGGAGAAGUAUGCGCAGCAGGCCAAGUCCUGCUGCCUGCCGCCACCACCCCCGCCUCCCCUCUUGUCGGACCCAACACCACUUCUGUCGCUGAACUCCGCAGGCACUACCACCCAAAGGGCGCCGGCAGCUACUGAAACACCAGCAUUGUUGCCGUCGCUGCCCCCUUGGUUGUCGGCAGCAGGGGGCCUCAAGAAUUUCGGGGCAGUCCCCAGUGUUUCUCCACCACCACCACCACCACCACCACCACCAUCUGUUAGCUUAUCUUUGUCACCUACUUCUGUAGCAACAGAGUGCACAAUGCAGGCAGCGGCUUCCGGGGUGGUGCAGCAGCUGGCUCAGUGGUGUCGGGAGGUGGAGGAGGGGCGGCAGGCGUGGGUUCAACAGAAGAAGGAGGCAGCGUGGAGGGUGAGGAGGGUGGAGCAGCAGCUUGAGUCUGAGAAGUCGAGGAAGAGGAGGGAGAAGAUGGAGGAGGUGGAGGCCAAGAUCAGGAGGCUGAGGGAGGAGGAGGCGGCAUUCGUCGACAGGCUGGAGGCGGAUUGCAGAGAGCAGCUGGCCGCGGUGCAGAGGGAUGCAGAGAUGAAGGAGGUGAAGCUCAUGGAGCAGUGGGCUGCCAAGCACCUCAAGCUCGCCACCUUCGUCGAGCACCUCUCAUCUCAGCAUCCAUCCUCUUCAUGUUUCCUCAAGGACUCCUUGCUUUGAACUCUCUCUCUCUCUCUCAUCCAUGUCACGGAGCCUGUAUACUUUUAAUCUUCUCACUCUUGGAGUAAUGGGUGUUUGCUCAAUCUAAUUUUGAAAGAGAAGAAAUUGCAGUUCAGAUUCAAUUUAACUUUUGCUCGA